AUGGCCAUCACCAACAAGAGCAAAAGUCUCCAGCAUCCUGCCUCAGGGUCUGGACCGGAACAUGCGGGGAAAUGGCAGGGACCAAGAUCCAAGCUCGCCAAGAUGAACCAUCGGCUCCGAGUGACCGAGUUACCGAAAAUGGCAUCCAACAUCGACGGAACAAGGCUCGCCGGCAACGGAACUAAGCCCACCGUCGUGACGUCCUGGACAAUGGCCCGUACUUCCGAAUUUUGCUACGACCAUCACCGGAUAUAA